AUGGGACUUUUAAGAUCCGAUGAUAUGUACUUCUAUCUGUUUACAUGAUUCAAAGAUAAUGCUAUGAAAGCAGUUGAGAGAUUUGGAAACCUAGAGAGCAUCCAGUUCAUUGACCUGAAUAGAGGAGAGCAAACAUUCAACCUACCCUACGGCCAUCAGAUCAAAAGAUGUGAGGAAGCUCUCAGAGAUCUCAUGAUUCUUACAAGAGAGUGUAGAAACUGGGAUGUCCAUCUAGAAGGCCCUGCUAAUAUUGAGGAGAUGGAAGAUUGUAUUAGGCGUAUUGAGAAAGAAGCAGGUCAGACAAACAGCGCUCUCUUCGACGACAUUGAAGAAGAGGUCCAAGAUUGUAGAAAAUGGAAGGAAGAUACUUUGAAAUCUUAUCAUGUGGCUAAGGAUGACCUUAUCUCCCUCAUCAUGGCAAGAGAGGUUUAUAAAAUGGGAAGAGAGAAAUAUAAAGUUGUAGUUGAAAACCAAGAGAAGAAGCUGAAUGAAGAAACUAAAGAUAAAGAUACACUCAAGGAACCCCUCCUUGAUGAUAAUAUUGAUAGUGAAUACGGAAUGAUCUCUACAUGCAAUAUUGCGGGUGUAAUUGAUACUGAAGACUCAAUGAGACUAAGAAGAUUAGUGUUCAGAGCCACAAGAGGAAAAGCAAUGGUGAUAACUGAAGAUAUUCUUCCUGAAAUUUUCAAAGAGGAAGGAAUUUCGACUUCAAAAACAAAGUAUUUGAUAAUAUUCCAAAAGGGAGAUUUCCUUCAGGAGAAACUCAAUACAAUUUGUUCAAGUUUCAAUGGGGAAAAAUAUGAUCUUCCUGAUCCAAAGAGAUCUCAGGAUGCAAUUAAUGAGCUAUCAUCAAAAAUAGAAAAAGCACGAGAAAUGAUCAACACAAUCUCGAAAGAAAUUAAGGAAUAUUUUAUUUCAAUGAAUUUCAUAGAAGACUCAAACUGUGAUAAAUUCAAAAUUUAUGAGGCUUUUAUUCGGCGUGAAAUCAUAAUUCAUGGUACUUUGAACAAGUUGGUACCCAUAGACUCGUUGAUCCAUGGCUUCUUCUGGUGUAACUUGAACAACGAUGCGCUACAAGAGAAGAUAGAUGUAAUCCAAUCAACUUCCAGAUUCCCAGGUUUACAAGUGGUAGAAAUCACUGAUAAGAAUCAGUCAAUCAGUAAGAAGUUGAUCCCUCCAACUCAUAUUAAAAGUAAUGAGUUUUUAGAAGCUUUCCAGCAGAUUGUGAAUACUUACGGAGUUCCCGCUUAUCAAGAAGUGAACCCCACCUAUUUCACUAUUAUCAGCUUCCCAUUUCUGUUCGGAGUCAUGUUUGGAGACAUUGGACAUGGACUUCUGUUAUUCCUGUUUUCGAGUUUCUUAUGACUAAAGAGUGACUCACUGGCAAGAUCAGAUUCGUUCUUGAAGGCUUUCCUGCCAGCGAGAUAUCUACUUCUCUUAAUGGGAUUCUUCUCUACAUUCUGUGGGCUUUGUUAUAAUGAUAUGAUGUCGAUCCCUCUUGAGAUCUUCGGAGGCAGUUGAUACGAUAACACUCCUACAAUUGGAGUUCAGGAUUGAGUGUAUCCAGUCGGAAUUGACCCAAAGUGGUAUAGAAGUAGCUCCUCCAUUACUUUUAUUAACUCUAUGAAGAUGAAAUUGAGCGUCAUCAUUGCAGUAUCACAGAUGGCUCUUGGCAUUUGCAUGAAGGCAUUGAAUGCUAUUCAUUUCAAGUCAAAGCUAGAUUUUUACUUUGAAUUUUUGCCGCAAAUCGUGUUGCUUCUGGUUUUGUUUGGAUAUAUGGAUAUUCUAAUCAUUGUCAAAUGGCUUAGUAAUUACACAGGUGAGGAGCAUAUGGCACCAUCUAUCAUCAACACUAUGAUAAACAUUCCCUUGAAGGGAGCAAUUAUAGAAGGAAGACCUUUCUUUGGAGAUAUUCAAACAAACCAAUCGUUGAGCUUGAUCCUCCUUCUAAUUGCUAUUGUCUGCAUCCCUCUGAUGUUAUUCCCAAAACCAAUCAUUCUAAUCUGUGGUCUUGAGCACGAAGAAGAGCAUCAUAAGCCUUCCUCCUUGAAGGACGCCCAGAAGGAAGCAAAAGAAGGUGCAUACGUCAAACUUGAAGAUGAGAAGGAGACUCCUGGCCAACACGAUGAGGAAGAGAAGGCUGAAGAUGCAGAGGGAGAUAAUGAAGAAGGUUGUGAUGAAGCAGAGAAGAAAAAGAUUCAGGAUGCUCUAGCUAUGGAUGAUGUAAAUAUUAAAAUCCCACUAGAAAAAGAGACUGAUUCACAAAAACUACAAGCAAAGAUAGAUGCCCUCCCAGAUGGAAACGCUUCUUCUCAUUCUCCUAGUGAGAUUUUUAUCCAUCAGUUGAUUGAGACUAUCGAGUUUGUGCUAGGUACUAUCUCUAACACUGCAAGUUAUCUCAGGUUGUGGGCUCUUUCAUUAGCACAUUCCCAACUUGCAGAGGUAUUCUUUGAGCUUGUUCUAUGGUCAGGAGUCGAAGCUCAGAGUCCAGUCAUGAUUUUUAUUGGAUUCAUUGUCUUUGCUACUGCUUCAUUUGCAGUCCUGAUGUGUAUGGAUUUAAUGGAGUGCUUCCUUCACACCCUAAGACUUCAUUGGGUUGAGUUCCAAAACAAGUUCUACAAAGGAAAUGGAUCGCUCUUUUUGCCUCUUAGCUUCAGAUCCUGCAUUGUCCAUACUGACCAGGGAGAAUAGGAG